GUGCCUCCUAUUCGUCAACCAGCCGAAUCACUUUGUGGUUGUCUUGUCGUUAAAAGCUUUGGAAGACAACAAUUCACCUCCGUUGAGGUAGAUAACCGGUUCCAUUUAAAACCAAGUCCUACGAACGUUUCAGCCUCCUGUACCACUAGCCAGGGCCAUCUUGAGGCCAGACUCCCCACGGCGGGAUCAGACGAACAGACAAUCCCAGAGGCGGAUCUCGUGGCUCUUCCGGACUCGACUGUCAACGUUCGAUUUCGAGGCAGUGACCACCAGACUGUCUACGAUGGGUUCCUUCGUGUACUGCCCGAGGCAUGGGCAGCGAGUCCACUAGUAGCUGGUGAACAGAAACGUUUCGGUCUGGAAGAGCUUACUGCCUUGGCGGAACCGAUUGUUACCGGGUUAGACAUUUUGCACUUUUUGGUUACGGAAGAAUAG